CACCGCAGUGUGCAUGGGGAAAGGAAGGAAAAAGCACCACCAGGACAUAGGCCACUGCAGGUCCUGGCAACCCGGGAGAAGGACCAUUGUAGCCUUGCAGCCACAGGACAGCUAAACACCACGGAGGGGAAACAACACAGGCCUCAGGAGACGAGUCCCAGCCCCAUCACAACUGGACGUGGUGCUCUCAGGAGACAGGGUGUUCCAGCUCUGAGCUGGCAAGACACUGUAUUGUGAGAAGACAGGACAUCCUUGCCACGGGAGACAGGCUGUGGUACGCUGAGGAAACAGGACAGGACAGCCCAGCCUCAGGGAGCCCAGUCGUGGCCGUGGCUGUGGGGAUAAUGGCCUCCAUUCGGGAGGUGUCCAGCUUUGCAGAGGACCUUCUGUGUCCCGUCUGCCUCUCCCUCUUCCGGGACCCACGCCUGCUGGAGUGUGGGCACAGCUUCUGUGCACCCUGCCUGGAGGCCUGUGUGCCUAUGGGGCAGCGCCGUGGGCUGUGUCCGGCUUGCCGGCUGCCCUUCGCACCCCGCCGUGUAGCUGUCAACCGGGCCCUGCGUAGCCUGGCUGACAAAGCCCGGCUCCUGAAGCUGGAUGAGGGCCCCCCCGCAGGUGCCGGAGCUGGCUGGUACUUCUGUGAGGAGCACGAAGAGCCCCUCAAGCUUUUCUGCAGCCAGGAUGAGGCUCCCGUCUGUGUGAUCUGCCGGGACUUGCCCCAGCACCGGGGCCAUGACUUCCUACCUGUCAAGAAUGCCGUGCAGGAGUACCAGGACCAGCUCAAGGCCUCACUGGAGCCCCUGGAAGAAGGUCUCAAGAGACUCAUCAGGAACCAGUGCCGCCAGCAAGAGAACAUCCUAGAACUGAAGAGCUGUGCGGAGUCCCUGUCAGACCACGUAUCAGGGGAGUUUGAGAAGAUGCACCACCUGCUGACAGUGCGUGAGCUGGGGCUGAAGGAGGCCCUGGAGCAGCAGCGGCAGAAGAACCUGGCCCAAAUGGAGGACAAGCUCCAGGAGUUCAACUGGAAAGUGGCUACUUGGACUGAGACCCUUUCGCAGGUGCGAGCAGGGCUGGAGCACAAGGACCAUGUCAGCUUCCUCAAGGAUGCUAAAGAACUGAUGGAGAGGGUCCGUCAGGGGCAGGGACCCCAGGGGAAAGAGGCAGAGAAGACGGAACAAGUCGAGGUAGAAGAGGAGGUGAGAACCAGCGAUGAGGACAUGGAUGAGAGUGAGAAAGAGCAGGAAGGAGAAGAAGAGGAGGAGGAAGAAGAGGAAGCUGAAGAGGAGGAAGAGGAAGAAGAGGAAGAGGAGGUUGUGGAACAGGAGGCCAAAGAGGAGGAGGACGAUGAGGUGGUGCCUGUGGACUUGAACAUUGGAGAGUUUAAAGGUCCCCUGCAGUUCUAUGCCUGGAAGGAGCUGCUGGCCACUGUCCACCCAGCUCCAGCCUGCAUCAUCCUGGACUGCCGCUCAGCGCAUCCCAGCCUGGUCCUGAUCGAGGAGGCCACCGGCGUCAAGUUCAGCCCCGGGCGGCGGUUCUGGCGCCGAAAGCCCGAGCGCUUCACUGCCAGCCCCUGUGUGGUGGGCCAGGAGGGCUUCACCAGUGGGCGGCUGUACUGGGAGGUGCGGGUGGGUGAUAGCAUUGACUGGGUGGUGGGGGUGGCUCGGCGGUCAGUGAAGCGCAAGAGGCGCCUGAGCUUCCGCCCACGGGAAGGUGUGUGGGCCGUGGAGCGGAGGGGUGAGCAGUACUGGGCCCUGACAGAGCCCCAGACUCUGCUCUGUGUGGGUGGGAGGCUGGAAAAGGUGGGGGUCUACCUGGACUUCGAGGGAGGGCAGCUGUCCUUCUACAACAGCACCUGCCUGAGCCACCUGCAUACCUUCCAGGAGGCUUUCCACGAGGAGCUGCUUCCCUUCCUCAGCACCCACUCCAGCAAGCCCCUCUCCAUGUGGGACCUGGAGCUCUGAGCCACUGCUCAGUCCUGAGCCAAGGCCAGACUGAGGCUCCCUGAAGAGGAAAGGCUCCAUCCCCAUCCCUUGAGCCAGGCAAGGCUCCUACCCUGGGGCCAUAUUGGAGCCAGUGCCCUGUAGAGGGGAGAGAUCCUAUUUCUUGGGGAAAUGAGUCCCUCAGGCCCCAGGCUGUUGAAAAACUGUUGUCCUCCAUCCAUGAACAUCCACUAUUCCCAUUCCCAGCCUUUUCACUCCAAGGACUGGAUCCAAAAAAGGGAUGAGGCAGCCUUAAGGUUCAGGGUAAAUCAGUUGAACUAGGUACCCCCUGUGUGGCAUCCCUUUCUCCCUAUACUUGAUGCACCAGGAGACUGGGACUGGGAUCGACCCCACUCAAACCACAGGCCAGAUGUGGCCAAACUCAGUAGGCCACAGAAUUAAUUGGUCCCCUCCCCGCCUCACUCCCAUUGGGAUUUCUCAUUCUGGCCCCAGGGACAUCGCAUGCUAGACUGUUUCAGCCUCAGUGGUCUGAUGUUUGGGUCACUCUCCUGGGUGGUGGAAGCAGUGGGUCUCAGCCCUCUCAGGCUGAGGAAGGGCACUUGAACCCAGGUCUGCCUGCUUUCUGGGUGAGUGCCUGACUCCCCAACUGAGGUAAUUGUACCCACUGGGGUGGCUGGGUGUCAAACUCCUAGCAAGAAGGAAAAACACAGGAAAGGGAAAUAUCUGUGGAUGGGGAGAACAUCUUGGCAGGCUCCCUGAGGUAGCUGGUGAGCUAUCAGCAUUGUUGAGGGGUGACAGGAGGCCACGUGGAGUCUUGGGAUUCACAGCAGCAUAAAAGUGGGUACACAGAGAUCUCCACCCCCAAAACAUUAGAGGAUCCCUGCAGCAGGAUUCUACAUGGCAGGAAUGAAGACACCUUGGCAAAUAUAUGUGUUUGUCUUUUUGCUGGGGUCUACCACAGUGGGAACCCAAUUUAGGCAGAGGGAGUGCUUAAUUUGGGGAAGCCCAUGAUGGUUUGGGUGCUGAGCUGCUCAGGCUGGGGUCAUUCUGGACAGCUGAGUAGCUAGGACCGUCCUGUCACUCAGCUGGACUUAGGUGUCAUCCAUCCUCCAUGCACACCCUUUGUCCUCAGCCCUCCUCUCCUCACUGUGGGGAUACCACUCCUUCCAUCCUAAGCCAUGGAUGAACGGCUGGGUACUGCUGCUGACUUGCCUGAGUCCAGGCCCCCUGACAGGCAGCCUCUUGCAAGGCAGCCUCACAGCCUACCCCACCCUCAGUCCUUCUUUCAACCUGAGGUUCAGCUUGGUGCUAUCAUUACUGGUGGCUUUGGAGGCAGCCCUGCCUUGAAGCCAGCCCAAACAGGAUCUCACUGCCUCAAGGUUUCUCCACCCUGACAGCUGCUGAAUGGGACUCACAGAUUUUUGAAGUCACCCCCAGGUUUUGAUGCUGUGACCCAGAGACAAAGGAAAUGUCUUCACAUUUAUCAUCGUCAUUGUUGCUAUUGGGAACCAUCAUCAUCAUCAUAGGUUCAUGGAGGACAUACAGAAAUUAUAGAGUGGUGUGUGGAGUUAUGCUUGCUGUCCCCAGGUUGCAGAGCAGACAAAAGGGUAUUUGUUUUUUCUCAUGCUUCUGGUCUUCGCUUCUUAGCACAUGAAACCAGGAAGAAUUGUUUUCUUUCCUGAUGUUACAAAUAUUGGUGUGUGUGUGAAGGAGUGGGAGGUAGGUGUGGGUCCUCUUCCUCAGAAGGAUCGGCUGUUGACUGCAGUCAGUGCUGGGGAUUUUGACUGGAGUUUGCCAGUGCUCCUCCUGGGACUAAA